AUGAUAAAAUACAUAUCACCAACAAGUUCAUCUAUUGCCAAUAAUAUUUGUUUCCACCUCUCAAGAGCUAUUGAAACUGGACAUAAAAUUAAUUUUCAAUGGAUCCCUGCACAUUGUGGCAUUCAAGGAAAUGAAGCGGCCGAUCGGGCAGCCAAAAAUGCCCACAAUAUAAAUACCAAGACUGCAAUUACUUUCACGAAAGGAGAUACAUUAAAGCUGCUCAGAAGGACAUCAAGGAAAAGAUCCGAGGCUACUUGUUAUAAAGACGCUCCUCAAAACUCCCACCUCGAACGGAUUGACCCUAACUUAAAAUUUUGGAUGCCAAGACACAUUUCAAGAGCUUCUGAAACAUUGAUACACAGACUUCGAUUAGGUGUUCCUUUUGGACAACACUUCCUACAUCGAAUACGACAAGUUACCUCCCCUGUGUGCACCACAUGUGACGAAAUAGACGACGCAGAACACGUACUAAUCAACUGCCGAAGGUACACAGAUGAACGAGACCAUCUUCGAGAACAAAUGUCUACUAUCGAUAACCGCCCAUUGUCCCUCACAACACUCCUUGGUCCAUGGAACACACGAAGGACCCAACAAACUGUGAUCGGGUAUCUUGUAGAUUACCUGGAGGACACAAAAUUAAGUGAGAACUAUUGA